UGUGUGUGUGUGUGUGAUAGAGAGGCGUUUAGAAAUAACAAAAACCUGCUACUGCAAAAAAACAACCAUCAUUUUUGGAGAAUAUAACUAGUUUGAGAAAACAUUUGACGAACAUUAAUAGACAGCCGAUGACACGAGACGCUUAUUGAUCAAUAUUGCGUUGACUGGAGAAUCUGACAAAUCGAUUAUUGAAUUAUCGCUGACCAUUAAAAGGUGGGGAAGUUAAAUUUGUGCUUUUCACUUUAUUAAUAAUAAUAAUAAUAACUUUUUUUCUAUAGCACCUUUAAAAACAAAGUUUACAAAGUGCUCUACAGAGAGUCAGGGCAAAAACAAAUAGAAAUAAUAAUAAUAUAUUUAUAUAUAUAUUUAUUAAAAUAAUAAAAAAACAGACAAACUAAAUUAGGGGAACCAAAGAUCUGCAUAAUAGGACAAGAUCACUUAAAAGCUGUUCUAUAAAAAUGUGUUUUAAGAAGGAUUUAAAAGAGGUGACUGAUUUUGCGAGCCUUAUACCCUCCGGUAUGUUUUGUACAAUGUAUUAUGUGAAUCCUCAAAGCCAUGCAACACAAAUAUUAUAUGUCCUUCCUCCUUAAAAACGUUCUUUUCACUUUUAGUACAAACUGCAGCUGCCUUUGCAAAGUGGAUACUGUUGCAUGCAGUAUUCCUUCAAUUGGGACGCAUUACUUUUCAUACAUUACACCUUGAACUUUGACCCUCCAGCUCAUAUGUCGGUUGCGCAGAGGAUUGUGGGUCGAUUAGCCAGAAAUUCAUGCUGGCUUGCAUUCUGCAACAUGCGACCUGAUGCAGUCCGACAUCCUGGUACUUUUGUCAUAUUGCAUUGGGCAUACCAUGCAUUGGGACAUAUUUUCUGGCACACUAAAUAGUAUGUUAUGGAUACGGGAACUCAAGCCAUCAUUAUUCUUUUUGCAUGUUUGCAGGCUGGCAGUCUUAUUCUGCCAUGCCUUUGUUCAUUUAUUGGAUUAGGAUACAUCAUCAGUAAUUCUUCAUAUAGCUGGAGGCCUUUUUGGCCUGUGGAGGACCAUCUGGAGGACCAUCCACAAUCAGCUUGGAUCAGGCAGAAAACACAGAUUUCGUGCAAAGAUGCCCCCAAAACAGGAUGUUCACGAGGAAGGGACUAUCAGUUCGGCCUCUUGAAGUCACAGACCAAGUUAUCGUUGAAGACAUACGACAUUUUAAUGAAGACCUCUUACAACUUUAUUUUGAGAAAGAAGGCGGGUCUGUGGAACAUGUUGUGCUGAAUGAAGCGGAACAGUCUGUCACCAUCACCUUUGAGAACUAUACAGAUGUUCAUAACAUCCUGAAGAAGAAGAAGCAUUGCAUCAAGAAGGAAGAGUUCAUGGUCUAUCCGUUUUAUAAAUCUUUGGGAACGGCCCUCUACGGAAAAGAUACGCCCUUGCUUAAACUCCCCGCGGCCGUUUUUGUGUGCGUUGACGACGCCGUCUGGAGAUACCUAAAGGACAAUCCGUCGGCAGCAGAGACCGUUCAUAGCCAAAUGGAAAACGACUUGUGCAGCGUGAACCUCGAGCAAUCCGCCGUGUGCUUGAGCCCGCUAUCCUCACUACUAGGGCAAAAACAGGCCAACGUCAUCGUAAAACAAUGGAGAGACACUGUGAAGUCCGCCUUUGCGCAAGCUCUGUCAAAAUUCAAAUCCCUGAAGCUUCGGCCAGAAUCCGAGGCAUGGGAGGAGUCUGAGGAGAAGGUCAGAGAGACACUACUGACCGAGGAUGUGGUUGUAGUCCCUGACAAAGCCAGGGGUGUCUUAUCAGUGGCCGGUCUCGAGGCCGAUGUCAACAGACUUGAGCCAAUUCUUCACGAAGUCGUUAACAGGAUUGCCAAAAGGGUGCAGAGGGAGAAAUUGAGCGUGACCCAAGAGAUACAAGUGAUGCCAUCAAUUUACCACAUCCUAAGUCAAGGCGGUCUUCAGGACAAGCUGCUCCAGGUGUACCCAGAGCUCAAAAUAUCGUUUAGGAAAGACGGAGGGGAUUUGACAGUAACUGGCUUCGCGGAUGAGAUUUUUGCAGCGAGCAGCGCCAUAUAUGGUGCCAUGCUUGCACUAAAACGGCAGAAUCUAGAAAUGGACAAGUAUGUGCUCGACUGGUUGAAGGCUGAUCAACAGGAGGAGCUGACAAACGCUCUGCUCACAUCCGAGGGAAUAGAUGCAGCGUUUGAGAUCAACGCUCACACGGUGCAGCUCGUUGCCGCUACCGAUGGAGAUCUGGAAGAGGCUGAAGACCAUCUGAAGAGGCUGCUAGUAUCUCAAAACAUCGACGUCGAAGACCGCAAUGCACUGGCGAAGCCAGAGUGGCAGGACCUGGUCAGUCAGUUCGUGAGUGCCGACAACGAGUCAUGCGGGAGGAUUCAAAUCCACACCGCUGGCCAACAAGUCGUGGUGUCUGGUCACAAGGACGGUGUCAAAACAGUGAGCGAUAAACUUGAUGAGUUCUUAACACAGAAUGCUCAAGUUGAAGAAACCGUCGUGGUGAAGCCCAACACCAUCGUGGAAUACAUCGAAAAGCUUGACGCAUCUUGGUUGGAGCCGGUGGAAGACAAAGUGGUGGUGUCCUACAGAAAGGAGGCGAUCAGUCUCAGUGGUUCCAGAGGGGAUGUCGCCGAGUGCAAGGACUUGGUUGACAACCUGGUCUCUUCUGUGUUCUUUGACACUUUUGAAAUCUCCAUGCCUGGAGUGAAGAAGUUAUUCCAAACGAAAGCAGUUCUGUAUGUUUCCUUACUCUUCAGUGAAACCGGCUGCCUGGUCCAGCUGGUUGAUGGGACUAGUGGUGGACAGGCGCCACAGCCUGUGUAUCGGCUUCUGACACCCGAUGGAGUGGAAAUAGCCGUUUGCAAGGCGGAUAUGUGCAGCUACCCAGUGCAUGCCGUUGUGAAUGCCUCUAAUCCGAACUUGAAACAUGAUGAAGGUCUUGCGAGAGCACUUCUAAAUGCUGCCGGACCCCAGUUUCAGGUUGAGUGUGACAAACUAAUCGACUUAAACGGGCCGCUCAAGCCUGGGGACUGUGUCAUAACCGGCGCGGGGGGGCAGCUUUGCUGCAAAAAGGUAAUUCAUGCAGUGGGGCCCCAGUUUGAUCCAGCCAAUCCCCAGAGGCCUCAGGCGGAGUUGAAAAGAGCCGUUAAAGGAAGCUUGGAGCUUGCUGACAAGCACGGCUGCGUCUCCGUGGCUCUACCCGCCGUCAGCAGAAACCGAGUCUUUCCUCUAAAUGUGUGUGCCGACACCAUGGCCAAGGCGGUGAAGGAAUACUGCGAUGACAAGUCCGGAGCCAACACCCUGAGGAGGAUCCAUUUGGUGAACAAUGACGACGGUACUGUUCGGGCGAUGGAGGUGGCUGUCAGACGGGUGUUUGGAAAUGGCGUCGGUCUUCCUCCACCAUCUGCCCUUUUCGGGACCACCAGGCCUGCCCUUGGGACACCUGCUGCAUCUGACUGCUUGGGUCAAGUGAACACCAAAGAAGGCUUGGGCAUCACUCUCACGAAAGGAAAUAUCGAGAAUGCCGAGACGGACGUGACCGUCAAUACCGUGGCUGAAGAGCUCGCCCUCAACAAAGGGGCAGUUUCAGUCGCCAUCUUGAAAAAGGCUGGAUCUAAACUCCAGCAGUUGGUAAAUGCGAAUCAUGCAAGCGGGAAUAUCGGCGAUGUCAUUGUCACAGACGGCUGCAAGCUGAAGAGCAAACAAGUCUUUCAUGCAGUUGCGCCUCGUUGGGACAAGGGACAAGGCACAGCUGAAAAGCACUUGAGAUGCAUUGUAAAGGACUGCUUGGGCAAGGCGGAGGACAGCGGUCUGACCUCCAUCUCCUUCCCCGCCAUCGGCACCGGAAACCUGGGUUUCCCGAAAGAUCUUGUAGCAUCACUGAUGUUGGAUGAAAUCUUGGCAUUCAGCAGUACCAAGCAACCCAAGCACUUGAAGACGGUCGUGAUCAUCCUUUACCCAAAAGAUGCACAGACUAUCCAGAGUUUCCGUGAUGCAUUCACACAGAAGUUCCCAAACGUCUCAGUGCCCACGAGUGCCCCACAAAGUCAAGGUCAUUUCUCCAAAGUCGUCUCGAGGUCAGACAUGCAUGAGACCACAAUGGGAAGUGUUGCCGUGCAGGUGGUCACGGGAGACAUAACCGAGGAGACGUCUGACGUCAUCGUCAACUCCUCCAAUGAAAAUUUCUCUCUUAAGUCCGGAGUAUCCAAGGCCAUUCUGGAUGCAGCGGGUCAGGCUGUGGAGGUGGAAUGCACGAGCCUCCGUGCCCAGGCCAACCCAGGCAUGAUAAUGACCCAGCCAGGCAAUCUCAAGUGCAAGAAAAUCCUCCACGUGGUUGGACAGACGGACCCAGUAAAAAUCCAGAAGGUCGUAAAAGACGCACUGCAAAUGUGUGUGACCGGCUCAUACGCGUCGGUCUCAUUUCCUGCCAUUGGCACAGGUCAAGGCAACGUACAGGCAAGGGAGGUGGCGGACGCCAUGUUGGAUGCCGUGGUCCAUGUGCUGAGCCAGAACACUGCGGGCCCCCUGCGGACAAUUCGGAUAGUCAUUUUCCAGCCGCUCAUGCUGAAAGAAUUCUACGACAGUAUGCACCAAAGGGAAGACACCGGCCCAAAAGACACAGGUAGUUUCCGGGAACAGAUCAGAUCCAAAUUCAAAUCGUUGUUUCCGAGUGCGACAAGUGGCGACGAGCCACAGAGGCGAGGGGAUUUUGUCAUCGAGGCUCUGAAAGUGGUCCCCGCUGCCUUCCACAUCUGCGGCGAGUCGCAGGCCCGAGUGGACUUGGCCAAACAGCGGCUCAGCCACAUGAUGACCCUGGAACAACACAGCCUCUGCAUCACGGACAACUCCAUCCUCAGCUUCUCCGACGCAGACCACCAGCGCAUCGGAGAGAUCCAGAAGGUCAUGGACUUGGCGAUAAAGGCCGAGAGCAAGAACGCCCAAGCCUCGUUGACCAUCGACGGGCUCAGCCAGGACGUGCUCAAGGCCAGCAACGAGAUCCACGCGAUGCUGAGGUCGGCGAGAGAAAAGGAGGAGCUGCAGAAGAAGGUGGAGCAGGCGGCGGGCGUCGCGGCAGACUGGCAGUACCAGCAGCAGGGGCUUCCGUUCCAGAAGUUUGAUUUAGUGGCCAACUUCCAGCUUGAGCAAGCUUUGGAAAACAAACAAGCAAGCGUGAAGGUUUGCGUCCUGGGUCAAGACUACACUGUCGCCAUGCCAAAGGGACCUGCCACUGACGACCAGGGGCUCAUCCUGCAGAUAAAGCGCAUUGACAAACUGAAAGACACGCCUGAACACUGGGACUCGAUGCCAGCCAACGCCACAUGUCAGGUCGUCCUCGUCAACGCCGGGACAGCAGAGCACACCGAGGUCCUCGCUCUGUUCCAGGCCACGUGCAAACAACCGGUGACCAAGAUUGAGAGGAUCCAGAACCCCAUGCUGUGGAAGAGCCUACAGAUCAAGAAGUGCCACAUGGAGCAGAGGAACAAUCACGGCAACAACGAGAAACGCCUCUUCCACGGCACCUGUCCCGACACGGUGGCCCACAUCAACGAGCACGGCUUCAACCGGAGCUACGCGGGAAAGAACGCUGUGUGUUUCGGCAACGGCACAUACUUUGCCGUCAACGCCGACUACUCGGCCCAGCCCACCUACUCCAAGCCCAAGCCAAAUGGGGAGAGGUGCAUGUACCUCUGUCGAGUGCUGACGGGGGAUUUCACCGUCGGAAAGAGCGGCAUGAUCGCUCCGCCGGCCAAGGGCCCCGGCCUCAUUCAGCUGUACGACAGCGUGGUGGACAGGGUGGCCAACCCCAACAUGUUCAUCGUCUUCCACGACAGCCAGGCGUGUCCCGAAUACUUGAUUACAUUCAAGUGACACAGCCCUGCACCCAAAAGCACCACAAGGCCCUCCGCUUGACACUGCGGUACAGCAGUAAAUCACUGUGUGCCUUUUGCUUGAGAUAUUUGGUUUAAUCUUCCGAUGAGUGCAAUAAUAUAACAAUAGUAAUUUCCUGGUUUACAAGCAACCUGUAAUGAUGACUGAGGGCGAUGCUACGGGGUGAUUAUGCGAGAAGAAAUCAAAGAACGGAAAUGAGAGGGUUCACAUAUGUUUGCCGAUAGGUUGUUGCUCUGUGAUGUCACUGUUUGUGUUCCCGUGGGACAAUCAUGCAAAGCACCUGGAGCGGCUCCAGGAAGUUAUGGGAUGGUCGUCUUGGCGCCUGUGUGUCAAUCAGGUCACGGAUCACUUUUGUUCUUGAAAGGAAAAGUGAAAGUUAACUGCUGUUCCAGGAAACUGGCCUGAAGAAAUACAAGUUAAUAUAAGCACACUGAUGUGUCGAUUGCUCUCUGUGUAUUUAAUGCAAUUCCACUUCAAUAUUUGUAUCCAGGUUUUCUCUAUUGAACUAAUUAAAAAUAAGUAUUUUUUA